AUGGUCGCAGAUCUGACGACGUCAGGAUUUUUAGCCGCUCUGAAACGAUUUGUGGGCAGACGUGGCAAAUCAACGAUCAUCAUGUGUGAUGACGGCAGUAACUUCGUGGGGGCAAAACGUGAACUAGACGAGCUCCGCCAAACCUUUCUGUCGCAACAAUCACAACAGUCGAUCAUUUCCGAAGUUGCAGAUUCCGUCAUGGAAUUCCGGUUCAUUCCAGCAAAAACUCCUAACUUUGGCGGCUUCUGGGAGGCUGCUGUCAAAUCGAUGAAACAGCAUCUCCAAAGGACGAUCGGAUUGAAGAUUUUGUGUCCGGAUGAACUGCAAACGGUAUUUGUGCAAAUAGAGUCAUGUUUAAAUUCAAGGCCUCUCACUCCGCUGAGCAACGACCCAUCAGAUUUCGAGGCGUUAACACCGGCGCAUUUUUUAAUACAACGGCCGCUGACGGUAGUACCCGAGCCAGCACUGAAGGAGGUUCCAGCAAGCCGGCUAUCUCGAUGGCAACAAGCACAAGAGUUUCUACAGCACAUCUGGGCCAAAUGGUCAACGCAAUACUUGUCCAAUCGAUUUUGGGAAUAA